UGGGUUAUCGUUUUAACAGCCGAAAUCAUAGUACAGCCUGUUGUCUGCUUCUCCUUCCUUCUUCCUCUCCUUCUCCUUCUCUUUUAGCCUUCUCUCUUGUUGUAUCUCUCCCUUCAAAUCAUUCACUCCUCCUCCUUCCCAUGUUUUCUCCUUUUUUUUAUUUUCCUCAACCAUUGCAGCUUACAUCAUUCGGAUAUUCCAUUUUUAGGAUUUGCACUUGUGUGGAGGAUUGUGCAUCAAGGAUGGGAAGGGUAAAGCUGAAGAUUCAGAGAUUGGAGACUCUGAAUAGCCGGCAGGUUACGUAUGGAAAACGAAGGGCUGGAAUCUUGAAAAAAGCCCAAGAAAUUUCUGUUUUAUGUGACAUUCCCAUUGUACUUAUCAUGUUCUCUCCAUCUGGGAAGCCAUCUAUAUUCUGUGGCCAACGAAGCAACAUCGAUGAAAUGAUAGCAAAAUACGCGCAACUUACACCAAAAGAAAGGGCAAAGAGGAGGUUGGAGAGCCUUGAAACUUUAAAGAGAAACUUUAAGAAGCUUGACCAAGAUGUUGAUAUAGAAGAGUUUCUUGAUACAAGUACUCCGUCUAUUGAGGAGAUGCAGAACCGAGUAAUGUCUCUUCAACUUCAACUAGAUGAAGCACGUGAAAGAGUAAGAUGGUGGAGUAAUCCAGACACUAUUGAAGACGUCGAACACCUGGAUCAGAUGGAAGAUUCUCUCCGGGAAUCGCUGAACAGGACUCAAGUAACUAAGGAGAAGUUUUUUAAGGAACCACUCAUUCAGUUUGAUUGCACAAGCCAGGUGUGUGGAGACUUUGGCAGAGUUUACGAGCAAGAACUUCCCAAACCGCAGUUCCCAAACGCCAUGCCUUUUCCCUUAGCCACAACCAGUGAUCAGGACUGCACGAACCAGCCGUGGCUUCCUGGUGGAGAGGCUCAACACAUGAUGCUACCGGGGGAGCCCCAAUUCUUGGGAAGCCGAGAUAUGGAAUGCUCGAGAGAUGCAUCCUUCCCGACCUGCUCGGGUUACUUUGCUGAUGUGAAAGAGCAGGAGCUUGAGAAUUCAAGACAGAUGAAAACUGAAAGACUAGAAGAGGGCUUGACAGUUGAUGAUUACACAUAUUCUGCUAACUUGAGGCUUCCUCUUGGCGAUCAAUAUCCCUAUAAUUCGUUUGGAAAUAUAUGUUUUCCCAACUUGAUGGAGACCGGAAAGGAUGCAAACUUUCAACUGAGUAGCUUGGACUACCAGAUAAACGGGAAUUUCGACCUUCCAAGAUCUGUCUGCAACUACUUCCCACCUAGUUUGGUUCCUGCAGCUGGCUCGUGCGCCAUUUCCAUGCUAAACGAUCACUCUUAUCCUCAGCCUCCAAACUAAUCUAGUGGCUGACUCGAAGUCUGGUUCGUACACAGCUUGCUCGAGUUUACAUAUAUACAUAAUACAUGUAGCUGAGUUCAUCAAGCAAAGAGGAUUAUGAACAAGUUGGUGCAUAGAGAAUUGGUUUAGUUUUGUAGGAAUGCAGAGAUAAUACAGUGCUGAAAGGAAGGUGCAUGUGUUUGUGGAGUUUUUUCAUUGAUGAUGAGUGAGAAUGAGAUAAAUGUAGCACUAUGUAUCAAAUUUUAGACAUAUACAGCUUAAAUUUCAGACAAAAUCCACCUCAUAUAUUACAUCCUUUUAA